UAAUACUGCACUCUUCUUCCUUUUGAUGUUCUUAUUCAACACAGGACCUUAACACCAGUGUUUUAAUGUCACGGCGCGACAGACGCUUAACAAAAUGGAGCUAUCAAACAAACUCCGUUGGGACCAAUUCCUGAUUUUGGCAGCAGCACUUAUGUCACCUGCAUUACCGGUGCUGUGUAAUGAUAUCCUCAGCCUGAAGGUGGCAGGAGAUCCAGUGCUAACCCCGAACUCUGUGUGCCUGAGGCUGGCAGGCCUCAGUAAACGUCAGAUGCGGAUGUGUGUGCGGAACCCCGAUGUGACAGCUUCUGCUCUGCAGGGCAUACAGGUGGCCAUCCACGAAUGCCAGCACCAACUCCGGGACCAGCGCUGGAACUGUUCCUCACUGGAGGGCCUUGGCAAGUUGCCCCACCACAAUACCAUCCUCAACAGGGGUUUUCGCGAGAGUGCCUUCUCCUUGGCAAUGUUGGCAGCGGGUGUGGCUCACUCUGUGGCCUCGGCUUGCAGCAUGGGCAAGUUGCGGGGGUGUGGCUGUGAGGCCAAGCGUCGCCAGGACGAUGACAAGAUCCGGCUCAAACUCACACAGCUGCAGCUGCAGACCCUGCAGAAGGGUGGGGUAGGCAUGGACAUAACGCGGUCAUUGCCCUCGGAGCUAAAUGGUCACCAUAGCAACCUGCCCACUAACCUGCGCUCUACUCAUCCCUCCGCCCUGCUCAAGCCUUUACCAGAUGAGCUAAGCUCUAUGCAGGACACCUGGGAGUGGGGGGGGUGCAGUCACGAUGUCCGUUUUGGGGACCGUUUCUCCAGAGACUGGCUUGAUUCCCGCGGGUCUCCAAGAGAUAUUCAUGCUCGCAUGAGGAUACACAACAACCGAGUGGGGCGACAGAUAGUGACUGACAACAUGACUCGGAAGUGUAAAUGUCAUGGCACAUCAGGGAGCUGUCAGUUUAAAACCUGCUGGCAUGUGUCUCCAGAGUUCCGGCUUGUGGGUUCUUUACUCAAGGAGAAGUUUCUGUCAGCCAUCUUUGUCAACUCCCAGAACAAGAACAAUGGGGUUUUCAACCCUCGAGCAGAGAACAGUGCCAGUGGAAGCACAAGGGGAAUCAACGGAGGGCGUCGUCGAAGCAUGUCCAGAGAGUUGGUGUACUUUGAGAAGUCUCCUGACUUCUGUGAGCACGAUGCGUCCAUUGACUCCCCAGGUACACAAGGACGCAUCUGCAACAAAACUAGCUACAGCACAGACAGCUGCAGCUCACUGUGCUGUGGCCGUGGGCACAACAUCCUGAAACAGACACGCAGCGAGCGCUGCAAUUGCCGAUUUCACUGGUGUUGCUACGUGCUGUGCGAGGAGUGUCGUCUCACAGAGUGGGUCAAUGUGUGCAAGUAGACACCAACCAUCCCAGCUCUUGUUGCUUUUACUCAUCCAGGACUCAAGAUGGCGAGCCUGUCCCUUCGCCCACUCCUGUUGUUCAAGCUUUUGUUUUGCUCCUUGUGUAACUCUUCCAGAGAAUCUGUUUAUCCGCCCCUUUCCUUUUUUUGGUCCAUCAUCUGGGAUCUAUUUUCUCUUUGUAGCCGCUGUUAUUCUCAAAAUGCCAAGUCAGAGAUUGAAGAGGUGACUCAUGCCAUUUGUCUUGCCAUGGUCUGUUUAGACGCUGCCCUCUCAGCCAUGAAAACGGCCUAUACCCCAUCUUUUCUAUCCCACAAAAAAGAGGAGCAACAACAGGGAAACAUUUCUGUUUCAUGUCAAUGUCGACAUGCUGACUUAUCUUAUUGUACAGUAGCAGUGUAUUUUAAUGUGUACGUGUAUAUUUGUAAAUGUGUUAUUAUUAAUAUUAUUAUUGUAUUAGAGCUUGUCUUUUUUUUUUUUUGAAUAACAGCCUGAUGGUGACCAAGUGGCUCAGGAUGGUGAACACAGUUGUCUUUAGACAACAACGUCUCAUUGCAAUUUCUCUAUAUUACUGGGCUCCUCUAAUGAUACUUACUCAAUUUGUAUAUUUUGCACCUGUGACUCAGACAGAGCAACAAUAGGUAUUUAGGAAUCGAUCUCAGUAUUCUUCUAGACAAGGAUUUUACUAAUAGGAGAAUACAAGAAAGAGAAUUUGAUAGAGAGCGUAUUUGCAGAGACAAGACAGAAGGCACAUGCAGGACAUUUUAAACUUAUCAAUUCUUGUACACUUGUAAAAGUCAAGAUGGGAACAAUGACACAAGAUCAGUUUUGAAAACAAAUUCAACUAAUCGUUCAAAUUUAUUUAUGAAACUGUAACGGUAGUAAUUACUUCAUGGGAAUGGUUGCUAGUGCUCAUGUUUUUCCAUAUCAAUAUUAUGACAGAAAUAUGCUUCCUCUUGGUAUAACUGUAAUGUGAUGUGUGUCACUUUCCUAUGAAAUCGUGACUGAGUUCUUGAUAUUA